CCCGGAACUGACGGCGUGAAUAGUCAGGGGGACUGUCGCCAUCUAUAGACAGUCUACACUGUACUCCUCCCUUUACGACUUCAGCAACACCGUGACCUAAUGUAGAAACCAGUCAUUUUGCCUGAUAAAGUUUCUAUAGAUCUGCCCAGCAUGACAGAGGCCAGUAAGGAUGUCCCCACGUCAAUAUGCCCGCCAGUAUCAGCUAAACACGCCAAAUACAUCAAGGCCCACUUGAAGGAGUUACGGGACCAGUGUAACGGCUUCAACCACUGCCUCAACGAGCUGUACUCCCAGGAAAAUACACUCCUCAUCCUACAAGGCAAAGACAUAGAACUGACACAUAUCUGUAGUCUGGUUCAGCCAAACAAGGACGAUGAAGUGAAGUUCUCCUGCACUGAUGCCGAGAGGUCGAUGAUCAGACAAGAUCUGGCCACACACCUGAGUGAGCUGAUCAGUGACGACGAUGACAACCACGUGGGGGACGACCACAACCACGCCCGGGUACUUCGUCAGAAACCGGUCAGCGAGGGGGGUCAGUCCAGGUCCAAAAGAGACGAAGCCCACGACCACGAGGAGAACAAACAGAGUCAGACAAAGACCAAGCUGGACAAAGAUGACCACCACCGACGAGAGUGGACUCAGUUGAGGAGGUGUAUUGAUGAUAAAUAUCCCGACAAGACAUCUGUAGAUGCUGUGUGCAUGUUACAGAACUACAACAGAACCGUACACGUGUGUGGAAGCAAAGCGAUGCACCACGCCGUGGAGAGCUUCUUCAACAAGCAGCUUCAGCAUCUUCAGUGCACGUGUGAUUCACUUCCAUCUGGGAGAUCUCCACUCUACCUCAUCAUAGGGGGCGCUGUUGGCGGCUUUGUUCUCAUCAGCCUCAUCAUCCUCUUGCUGUGUCUCGUAGUCCGCCAGAAGAAGAAAAACAAGAGAAAGAAAACCUGGGGACGACAAGUGGCAGGUCAGCUACGCUGCAGGCGAUGCUGAGGACGCAAGCGCUUAUUCGGAGAUUUCUGACGUCACACUGCCUCUUAGUAAAUACCGUGCACAAGCCUUGAAGCAAAAGCAGCGAGAAGGAUCCCCCGGCCCGAGUCUUCCUGGCCGGUACAUCAAAGUACCGCCACCUGGCACUACCAAUAACAAGGAUCUCGCUGGUAGCAUCGAGUACCUGGAACCAUGGGAUUCCCCACGCUUCUCCCUCGCCGAGGUAGACUACGAUGACAGUCAUCAAGCCGGGGGUGAUGUUGACGUCCAUACUGAUGCCGCAGACCGAGGGUCCUACUUCAUCCCUCUUGGCAACAAGCCAGAUACUGGUGAAGACUGUGGCUAUGAAACGCUGACCAAAAACAAGAAAACUAGAACCAAAAUGUCGAAUAGAGAUGAACAUUCACAAGAGAAUGACACUGAAAAUGUUCCUGAUUAUUUUGUGCUUGAACCAAAUAAAUGAACCUUCCGACUCACACAUAA